AUGUCAGAUGCCAGUAUUUCAGAGUUUCAGGACCAGUUCGUGUGUCCAGUCUGUCUGGAUCUCCUUAAGGAUCCUGUGACUAUUCCUUGUGGACACAGUUACUGUAUGGGCUGUAUUAAGGGCUGCUGGGAUCAGGAUGAUCAGAAGGGAGUCUACAGCUGCCCCCAGUGCAGAGAGACCUUCACUCCAAGACCAGUUCUGGGUAAAAACACCAUACUGGCUAAAGUGGUGGAGAAACUGAAGAAGACAGGACUCCGAGUUUCUGCUCCUCCUGCUCACUGUUAUGCAGGACCUGGAGAUGUGGAGUGUGAUUUUUGCAUUGGGAAGAAAAAAAAAGCCAUCAAGUCCUGUCUGACAUGUCUGGCUUCAUACUGUCAGACUCACCUCCAGCCUCACUAUGAAUCUCCUGCCUUCCAGAAACACACGCUGGUCAAAGCCUCCACACAACUACAGGACAAGAUCUGUAACCGUCACAACAAACUGAUAGAACUUUGGUGUCAAACCGACCAUCAGUUCCUGUGUUAUCUGUGUAUGGUGGAUGAACACAGAGAUCAUAAAAGAGCAUCAGUGGCAGCAGAGAGGACUGAAAGACAGAAACAGUUGGGAGAAACUCAGAGGAAAGCCCAGCAGAGAAUCCAGGAGAGAGAGAAGGAGGUGCAGGAGCUGAGAAAGGCUGUGGAGUCUCUGAGGCGCUCUGCACAGGCAGCAGUGGAAGACAGUGAGAGUAUCUUUACUGAGCUGAUCCGCUCCAUUGAGAGAAGGUGUUGUGAGGUGACAGAACUGAUCAGAGAUCAGGAGAGGAGUGAAUUGAGUUGGGCUGAAGGAGUCCUGGAGCGACUGGAGCAGGAGAUUUCUGAUCUGAGGAGGAUCGAUGCUGAACUGGAGCAGCUUUCAUACACAGAGGAUCACAUUCAUUUCCUCCAGAGUAUCCUGUCUCUCUGUGGUCCUGGAUCAGAAGAUUUACCCAGCAUCACUGUCAGUCCACACCUCUCCUUUGCUGAUGUAGGAAAAUCUGUCUGUCAGCUGGGAGACCAACUAGAGGAUUUCUGUAAGGAGGAGAUUGGAAGACUUUCUAAACAAGUGGCCAAAACUAUUCUUCUUCAACCCAGGACAAGGGAAGAGUUCUUACUCUAUUCCUGCGAUCUCACACUGGAUCUCAACACAGUAAAUAAACACCUCUGUCUGUCUGAGGGGAACAGAAUGGUGACACAGAGUGACAGAGUCCAGUCAUAUCCUGAUCAUCCAAAGAGAUUUGAUGGGUGUUGUCAGGUGUUGUGUGGAGAGAGUGUGUCUGCACGCUGUUACUGGGAGACUGAGUGGAGUGGGGAUUAUGGGGUUUACAUAUCAGUGUCAUACAAAGACAUCAGGAGGAAAGGAGGUGGUUUUGACUGUAGGUUUGGACAUAAUCAUCAGUCCUGGAGUUUGUUCUGUUCUCCCUCCAGUUACUCAUUCAGACACAAUAAUGAGGAGACUAAACUCCCCAUAGUUCCCAGUUCCUCCAGAAUAGGAGUGUAUGUGGACCACAGGGCAGGAACUCUGUCCUUCUACAGCGUCUCUGACACAAUGACCCUCCUCCACAGAGUCCAGACCACAUUCACUCAGCCCCUCUGUCCUGGGUUUAGUGUCGGUUUUUUGUCAACAGUGAGGUUAUGCCACCAUCCAAAAUAA